AUGGCGAUGGCCAAUUAUCCUCAUGUUUCACCAUUCCCUAAGAAAUUUCCCAUGCAGCCAGAGAGGAAGCCUUCUUUUGGUCAAUCUUCUCAGUCCAGCUACUCGAAGAUUCUCCCUCUAUUCCGCCCUAAAUCUAAUUCAAGAUCCAGACCAGAGUCCCCAGCAUCUACUGAUGGUGUAUCACAAAUUCCUGGUCGGGCCAUGGAUAGCCUCACUCCCAGUCCAAGGUCAAGAUUUCCAGCUGCAGAGGCAGCCCCCUAUGUGCCAGUUGGGCACUACCGUAUGCCUUGCCACAGCAUGGCUCCUUCAGUCACAAUUAGGACUGCUGUUCCUGUGUUCUCUGCUCCACCUCUCCCACCUCCUUCUGCACGCCCACAGCAGCUUCCUCCACUCAUGAGCCACCCACCACCGAUUCGGAUGGCAUCUCCAGUUCGCAUGAGGCCAGCCUCUCCAAUGUUUGCCUCAGCUGCAGUUCAAGGGCCGAAACUUGUGAUGCCUGUUCAGUUAAAGAAUGUGCAAGAUCAAUCAAGGAAGGAAACAGCUCCAUCUGUGAUCCCUGUUCAGGUAAAGGAUGUGCAAUACCAAGCAAGGAAGAGUUCAAUGUCUCCUGUGAUUCCUGUCUCAGUAAAGGAUGCACAACGCCAGCCUCUUGUGGGAUCACUAUCAACUGCAAUCCCAGUUCAGAUGAAGGAUAUGCAAACCCAAGCCCCAAAGGAAUCACUAUCAACUGCAAUCCCAGUUCAGAUGAAGGAUGUGCAAACCCAAGCCCCAAAGGAAUCACUGGCAGCUCCAGUUCCAGCAAUCAGGCCUUCCGUUAAGAUUGAUUUGCCUGCUCAAGGCAAGGAAGCUUCAGCUGGUGCUACCAGCGAAGUGCCAUCUUCUGCUACUGGGAAUAAUGCUGCUGUGGAACGCAGUACAUCAUCAGACAUUCUCUUGGCAAGGCAAUCAAGGGCUGCGGAUGGGGACGAUGAUAAGGCGGAAGCUAAGCACGAGGCCGAGGCUCAAGCAGUGGCAGAGGCAGCCAUCAGGCAGCUGGAGAUCAAUUGA